AUGAGUUACUCAUUUUUCUGCCUUUUCUUGUGGACCUGUAUGUACUGGAGCACUACGGAUGCGUAUUGUAACUGUAACAGCUGUGAAAUAGUAAGUAUCUAUCUUUUAGUUUACUACUCCGCCACCAAGAAAGUAACCCCGCGCACAGCAAAUCCCGCCAGCUAUGCAAGACGUAUAAAAAUUCACCUUCAAAAGUUAGGGGUGGCUGGGGUGGUCCACAAGGGGGUCCAUAGACUAGGUCCACGGAGCUGAUCCAUAGACCGGGGGUCCAUGUUUUGUAUACGUCCAGCUACGCAGGCUAGUUCGGCACACGAAAAGUUCGACGUUUGAACUGGGCCUUACUUGGACAUUCUUUUUUCAGAUACUCGCUAUGAACUCCAGCUCAACUCCAGCUUUCAGCGGUUUCAAUGGAUAAAAUACCAUAAUUGUAUUUCAAAAUCUUAUCCCUCCACAUCACUUACGCGAUGAAAUUAACCCAAAUUAGUAUUUGGUUCUGGCAUUGCUUUUGGUAUUUGGGGUUCAUUUUGUCGUUGGAACAUCCAAAACUCUAUUAAAAAUCCUUUCACAACACCCCGUCAUUGCGUUACAUUUCUGUAACACAUUCAACAUAUAUACUGCGCAGUCCUGAAGGAUUGAAGACGCCAAGAUCGGCUUGUAGUAAAUCAUUCGUAUGUUCAAACUUUACCCUACGGUUGAAGUAAACUGAGACAAAAAUCUGUAAAAUCUGUAAUCCAACAAAACCUGCAUAUUUUAAUAGUUUUACAGGAACUGCCGAGAAAUUCAGAAUUUCAAUCCUGGAGCAGUGAGUGGGGAGUAUAAAAUCCAGCCGCUGCCAAAUGAAGAUCCUAUCGAGGUGUACUGCGAGAUGGCGAUACAAGGCGGAGGAUUUACUUUCCUUCCUCGCAGUCUCACUAGACGAACAGAUGCUCAAAAUAUUGUCAACGCCCUUUUCCAAGACAAGAAAAAUGUUCUGCUCAAGCUGCAGAGAAAGGUGGACCGCAGUGAGUGGUAUACCCUGAUACAGCCCCACCCUUUGUUCUCGAGUACUGACUUUGGGGUUUUGGUUAAUGGUUUCUCAGGUUACACACAACCGUUGAACGCCUUCAUGAAAGAUUACAUCCUUCUCGGCAUUAUUCCAAAAUCAGCUGCAAAUAAUAAUGGUCUCCAAGGCUUCAAAUCAAACAAUAAAGUAAUCCAAUUUAAAAAUUGCGACAAAAAUCCCAACAGCUUCUUCGCGUUCCUGCCAAACAACGGCCUUCAAACGCCAAACACUUAUCAUAAUAACAACCUGAUCUAUGAGAGCAGCGGUGUUGCGGUAGAAUGGCGGAAAAGCUCAAUUGCUAUCACUAACCCCGAUCGAAUGAUGCCCAACAAGUUUUUCUUUCUAACUGAAGUGCUUCAUGGGGGCUGUGGAUGCUACACGUCCAGUGAUCGCUGGAAGGACGGCUUUCACGCCACAGCCAUUGGUCUUCGUUAA